UACUAAAUAAAACGCCAAGUUCAUUGGCGUGUUUAACGUUAAAAACGCCAACCUGAUCGGCGUCUUUACUAAAAGACGCCAACACCAUUGGCGUCUUUGUUCAGAAGCAUAUAAUAGCAGCAGACAGUCGCGAAAAAUUAACCUCACAGACCAAAUCCUUCGCAAAUUUUCUCUAGCAGCGGCCAAAUCCUUCGCAAAUUCGUCCGUGUCUUUGUGAUUUCGCCCUCCAUUCAUCAAUCGGUGCUAGUUUUCCCCAAAUUCGUCCAAUUUAUUCGGUGAUUUAUGGCAUCUUCUUCAACUUCUCGUCGUCGGCUCUUAUGUGGUCCUGAGGACCCCUCCGUAUUAUAUCUGCAGAGACAACACGUCUCUAAUAACAUAUGGGCAGGAGUGCCAUCGGAAGACGUACGGUGUAGAAGAUACGAAGGAAUCAUAUGGGAUGUUCCCAUAAAUCCUCGUGUUUUGGCGGUUAUAGAUGAGAUGGGGUUCGGCGGGAUGUUGAGGUGUGGUCAACCGAAAGACAUUGACCACCAUCUUAUCACCGCUUUGAUUGAACGUUGGAGGCCAGAGACUCACACGUUUCACUUUCCAGUCGGUGAAGCGACUGUGAGCUUAGAGGACGUGGAGGUCUUAUGGGGCCUCAAAACUGACGGUGAGCCUCUGACGGGUUACAUCCCCAGUAAGGAUGUCAACUAUUGGAAGGAUGUUUGUUUGGAUUUUCUUGGCUUUAUUCCAGAUGCAGUUGAUCUAAAAGAAUUGAACUGGAAGCAGACAAGCUUAUCAAAUCAACUGCGGAUUGAGUUGAGUGAUGACCACGAGCAAUACAUGUACAAUCAACGUGCUCGUGUGUAUUGUCUGCUGUUACUGGGUGGUCUACUGAUCCCGAACGCUACCGGUAAUAAAAUUCCCUUCUUCUACCUUCAGUUUUUCAUGGAUAUAGAACAAUGUGCUAGCUAUAGCUGGGGAGGUGCGACUCUUGCCUGCUUGUACCACAAUCUAUGUGAAGCUGCACUUGGUAAGAGGACCGAUGUCAGGGGAGCUCUUACAUUGUUACAGCUGUGGGCUUGGGAAAGAAUCCCAAUUAUUAGACCGCAGAUGCUGAACCCCGCGCCCGUAGACUACUUACCAAAACUAUCAUAUGGACCUGUUAAAGUUUGA